AUGUCCACUUCAAGCAACUGGACGAUGUCCGAGCUAGCGGGGGAGCCGAUACCAUUUCACGCCCGCAUGAUCUUCAUCAUCGUUGGCAUCUUCUACAUCGUCGCUGGGCUUGUGGGUAACGUGGUCAUCAUCCUGACCGUGGUCACCAACAAAGUCAUGCAUAAUCCACAUUACUAUUUCAUCAUCAACCUGGCUGUGGCUGACCUGACCAUUAUAGCCUAUGUAGUUCCAUGGACGGUGGUCGGUCUGGUGAUUGGUUACUAUCCAGUGACCAGCAUGUCCCUCUGUGUGUUCAACGGCGUCAUUAUCGUCACUGGCUACCUGGCCUCUCUCAUGACCUUGAUGGUCAUUUCCAUAAACAGGUAUUUAAACAUCUGCCACAGGGAGAUUUUCGCGGCCAUGUUCUCCAGGAAGAUCCUCUCCUCCAUUAUCUACUGCUCAGUUAUCUGGUGCUUGGCCUUUCUGUCGGCGCUGCCGGCCCUGGUGGGCUGGAGCCGGUUUCACUUCGAUGUCAAGACCCACUACUGUGGCUACGACCGAACCUACAACUUUUAUUACACUCUCUUUCUGAUGCUUUGGGCCAUAGGCAUUCCCGUCAUCAUCGUGCUGGCUUGCAACAUUGGGCUCUGGUGGUUCAUCCGCAGGGCUUCCAGGAGGAUACACCACUUUAAAGCCGGCCAGUCGACCGCCAUCGGAGUCGCAUCGACAACGUCCUCUUAUUCAACAUCAGACGCUUCCUCAAACGCGCAGAGCGAUAGCGCUGUUCAACUCACUGAGAAAAUUGAAAAACGCGGGAGCUCAUCUCUCAGCAAACGAGAAAUUCUUAAUGGACCGAACGUUUCCGUCAAGACUGACUCUUCGCUUCCUGGAAACUCGCUUUUACCCAUCAGAAAUAUGACGUCAUUAACCCCUCCUUAUCCUCGAACCCAGGGUUCAAAGAAUGUGGAUUUGUAUGAAUCAAAUACUCCCCAUUCUUCAUCACAAGUUCAAAGAAACGAUCAAAUGAAUGAAAGGGCGCCGUUAAAGAAGCUUGUAACGCCGGAAGAACUUUCUCUGAUCAAGUCUCUCUUCGUGGUCUUCGUUUGUUUCGCUGUUCUGAUGACGCCUUACAUGAUGGCCUGUCUGCUGGACACGUCCAACCAGUGGCCCUCCGUGGUCCACCUGACCUGCACGUAUACGUCCUUCACCAACACCUGCAUCAACUGGGUCGUCUACGGCGUGAUGAACAAGAACUUUAAGCGCGCCUACAAGAAGCUCUUCUGCUGCAAGUUCGGGAAGUCCCGAAAGACAGCGGCCGCGUCUGCUUCAAGAACGGACCAGGAAAACGCUUCUCAUCUUCAACAUGGCUAUCGUGUGGAAACGUUUGCUAGUAGAGACCAACAGAUCAAUUGAAAUAAGAUCCCAUAAGGAUUGCCAAAUAGAACCGAGUUGCAAUGGCGGGGAUGAAAGAAAGCCUCAGCAGCCUGUC